AUGUUUCCCUUCGGGGACACUAUCAUUCGGGCUUGGACACGAAUCCAGCUUGUUGUCAGUUCCGUAGUGAAGUCCAUGUUUAGCAUCGUCAUGAACAACGUGGAAAUUGAUGUGUGUCAAAACCAUAUCGACGUCCAUGUGACGUCAGCUGAGCCAGCCGGGACCGUGUCAAGGUGGAUCGAACUCGAUCAUCGCGAUCUUGUCGCGAUCACAACGUCGGAGUGUGGGUGCGGGUUGGAAAUCUUGGUUUUGACAGGGGCGGGCAGAAUUUGGCACGAAUGCACGAUGGUCCGAGGGUCACAUGGGCUGGCCAGGCCAGGCGGUAGACCCGAAGCUAGUGACCCUGCGAUGCAGUUCUUGCGUGAGGACGCCGACUAG